ACCAAAAAAAAAAAUCCACAAUAAAACUGUUUUAUUUUAUGACUUUAUCAUAAACCAUCCAUCAACGAAGCUCCCUUAUGGUGGCUUUUAUCUGUUAUAGCAGCACAGUUCUCUGCUACAAGUAAACGAUAACAAUGGAAGCUUUUAGUUUCUCAUUAUCCACUUCACACUCACACUUUUCAUUACACUCCACCAAACACCACCCUUCUUCCCCACCCAUUUCCUUCUCCUUAAAACCACCUCCUGACUCCAACAACAACAACAAUUCCGCCUCCUUCCGCCGUCCCCCCAAACCCCUCAAAAUCAAAACAACUCCUCCCCCUAACCCUAACCCUAACCCUAACCCUAAUCCUAACUCUAAACCAUCACCAAAUUCAAAUCCCUUCAAAAACCCUUUCCGUUCCUCCAAUUCACUCACUAACAAGCUUUGGCUCACAAGCAAACUCUCUCCUCCACCACCACCACCACCUCCGCCGUGUGAAGUUGAAUCAGAGGAUGAAUUUUUAGAUGAGGAAGUUGAAAAUGAAGACGGUGAAGGUGGGGACGAGAGUUCUGAUGUUCGGACUCAGUUCCGGCAGCCGGGGAAAAUCUUUGUAGGAAAUAUGCCAGGGUGGGUGAAGAAACAAGAGGUUUCGGAAUUUUUCCGCCAAUUUGGACCGAUAAAGAAUGUGAUUUUGAUUAGAGGUCACAAUAAUACAGAGAGGAAUGCGGGGUAUGGGUUUAUUAUUUAUGAUGGAGAAACUGCGGAGAAUUCGGCGAUGAAGGCGGUGGAAUUUGACGGUGUUGAGUUUCAUGGGAGAGUGUUGACUGUGAAGCUUGAUGAUGGGAAGAAGUGGAGGGAGAAAAUGCUUGAGAGGGAAAAGUGGUUGCGUGGGAAUGAUGAUAAGGAGUACAAGUCCACGUGGCAUGAGGAGAGGGAUAGUUCCAGGAAUGAGUUUCAGAAGGUUCUGGAAACUGAACCGGAGAAUUGGCAGGCGGUUGUUCGUGCUUUCGAGAGAGUUAAGAAGCCUGCCAGAAAAGAAUAUGGCUUGAUGAUUACAUAUUAUUCACGACGAGGGGACAUGCAUCGUGCACGUCAAACAUUUGAAAGCAUGCGAGCAAGAGGAAUUGAGCCAUCUUCACAUGUGUACAGUAGUCUUAUUCAUGCUUAUGCAGUUGGUAGAGACAUGGAAGAAGCAUUACAUUGUGUUAGAAAGAUGAAGGAAGAGGGCAUUGAAAUGAGUAUAGUGACAUACAAUAUAAUUGUGGGGGGAUUUGCUAAAGUGGGCAAUGCUGAUGCUGCAGAUAAGUGGUUUAAGGAGGCCAAAGAGAGGCUUCCAUCUUUAAAUGCAGUCAUUUAUGGGAGCAUAAUUUAUGCACACUGUCAAGCUUGCAAAAUGGGUUGUGCUGAAGCCUUGGUAAGGGAAAUGGAAGAAGAAGGGAUAGAUGUUCCUAUUGACAUAUAUCAUACCAUGAUGGAUGGUUAUACAAUGAUCGGCAAUGAAGAGAAAUGCUUAAUCGUGUUUGAAAGACUUAAGGAAUGUGGGUUUUCUCCCUCGAUUGUCAGCUAUGGUUGUCUUAUUAAUCUUUACACCAAGAUAGGAAAAGUUUCUAAAGCAUUGGAGAUUAGCAGAGUGAUGAAAAGUGUUGGCAUAAAACAUAACAUGAAGACCUACUCUAUGUUGUUCAAUGGGUUCUUGAAGUUGAAAGAUUGGGCCAAUGCAUUCUCCGUAUUUGAAGACAUUACUAAAGAUGGUUUGAAGCCGGAUCUAAUACUUUACAAUAACAUCGUAACAGCUUUUUGUGGGAUGGGUAACAUGGAUCGUGCCAUUUGUAUUGUGAAGCAAAUGCAGAGGGAGAGGCAUAGAGCCACAACACGCACAUUUUUGCCCAUUAUACUUGGUUUUGCUAGAGCUGGAGAGACGAGGAGAGCCUUGGAGAUUUUUGAUACUAUGAGGAGGAGUGGUUGCAUUCCCACUGUACACACAUACAAUGCUCUUAUUCUUGGCCUUGUUGAGAAGUGCCAGAUGGAAAAGGCUGUACGAAUAUUGGAUGAAAUGAAACUAGCUGGUGUUAUCCCAAACAGGCACACAUAUACAACUCUUAUGCAAGGUUAUGCUUCCCUGGGUGAUACUGAUAAGGCCUUUCAUUAUUUCACAUUAUUGAAGAAUGAUGGCCUGGAGAUCGAUAUAUAUACUUAUGAGGCACUGUUGAAGGCAUGUUGCAAGUCAGGCAGAAUGCAGAGUGCCCUAGCUGUCACAAAACAAAUGAGUGCAAAUAAGAUUCCAAGAAAUACCUUUGUCUACAAUAUUCUAAUUGAUGGUUGGGCACGGAGAGGUGAUGUUUGGGAAGCUGCAGACCUGAUGCAACAAAUGAAAAAGGAAGGCAUUCAACCGGAUAUCCAUACCUACACUUCUUUUAUAAAUGCUUGUUGUAAAGCUGGGGAUAUGCAGAAUGCAACACAGAUUAUCGAAGAAAUGGAAGCACGUGGUAUAAAACCAAACCUCAAAACCUACACCACUCUUAUACAUGGUUGGGCACGUGCUGCUUUUCCAGACAAGGCUUUGAAGUGUUUUGAAGAGAUGAAAGUAGCCGGAUUAAAACCAGACAGAGCAGUGUACCAUUGUCUUAUGACAUCUUUGCUGUCCAGAGCUACCGAUGCUCGAUCACACAUUUACAGUGGCCUCUUGUCUAUAUGUAGAGAGAUGAUAGAAUCUGAGAUUACAGUUGACAUGGGAACUGCAGUACACUGGGCGAGAUGUUUGUACAAAAUUGAAAGAACUGGAGGAGAACUGACUGAAGCCCUACAAAAGACCUUUCCUCCUGAUUGGACCUCGCAUAAUAUUCUUGCUGUCGACUGUGAAAUAGAAACUGCUGAUUCAGAAAUUGUAGACAGUGAGUAUGAUAUUGUAUAUUAUUCCAGUGAAAGUGAUAACGAUGAGUCCACUCAUGCUGAAGAUUAUGAUAAUGAUGUCAUAUAGGUGAUGGUUUUUAAUUUUGUUAUAGUAAAUAGAAAUGGCAUAAUGCCAUGAUUUUUGGGUAUUGAACUCUGUAUAUUUCUGUUCGAAAAUGGGCGCAAAUGGGCAUAUCCUAUGAUCUUCACUACUAGUUUAAAAAUCUGCGAGUUCUCAAAUUUUCUGAAUAGCCAUUCAAAUUUUUUAUGUUGUAAAGUCCUUUGUAAAUGUUUCAUUUGUAAUUUGGAAAAUUUGUUGUAGAAUAAUUAGCAAUUUGUUGAUAUGAAUGAGCUAUUUGGGGCAAAAA